UUUCAUUAACGCAAACACGUUUCGGACGGUGGAAGCGGUCAUCCCAUUCGACCAGUCGUGGCCAUCGUCGUCUCCUUCCUCGGAUCCCAUUAUUCUCCUCUCUUCUACGGGUUUCCCCUUCUCUUCUUGGCUGUGGGGAAUAAAGACGAGAACUUUGGAAGCAGGGAGAGAUGUCGUGCUCUUCGUCGUCGGGGUCGGAGGAGGACGAGGGCGUCGACGCCUACCGGAAGGGAGGGUACCAUGCCGUCAGGGUGGGCGAUCGGUUCGCCGGCGGGCGGUAUAUCGCCCAGCGGAAGCUUGGGUGGGGCCAUUUCUCCACCGUCUGGCUCGCCUACGACACCCGAUCCCAGAGUUUUGUUGCUCUCAAAAUUCAAAAAAGUGCACCAGAAUUCGCUCAAGCCGCUCUCCAUGAGAUUGAGCUGCUCUCGGCAAUUGCUCAAGGCGAUACCUCAAAUUCCAAAUGUAUAGUUCGAUUAAUUGACCACUUUAAGCAUUCUGGACCAAAUGGCCAGCAUCUUUGCCUGGUAAUUGAAUUCCUUGGGGAUAGCCUUCUUCGUCUUGUCAAGUACAACCAUUACAAAGGCAUCGGACUGAAUAGGGUGAGAAACAUAUGCAGGUCUAUCUUGGUGGGUCUUGAUUAUUUGCACAGGGAAGUAGGCAUCAUUCACACAGAUUUGAAACUGGAGAAUAUUCUUCUUGUCUCCACCAUUGAUCUUUCAAAAGACCCAGUCAGGUCUGUACUUACCCCAAUCCUAGAGAGGCCAGAGGGCAACCCAAAUGGCAGUGUAGUGGUCAAUAUGAUUGAAAAGAGUUUUAAAAAAAAGGCAAAGAGGGCAAGGGCGAGGAUCUCUGAGACAAGUGCUUCAACUUCCGGGAUUUUGCAGCUGGAAAGGACCUUGGAAGGAAUUGAUCUUAGAUGCAAGAUUGUGGAUUUUGGGAAUGCUUGUUGGUGUGAUAAACAGUUAACUGAUGAUAUCCAGACUAGGCAGUACAGGUCACCUGAGGUUGUUCUUGGUGCUGGUUACUCCUUCUCUACAGAUAUGUGGUCCUUUGCAUGCAUGGCAUUUGAGCUUGCUACUGGAGAUAUGCUAUUUGCACCUAAAAGUGGCCAAGGAUACAGUGAAGAUGAGGAUCAUUUGGCUUUAAUGAUGGAGCUGCUUGGAAAGAUGCCCAAAAAGGUUGCUACUACGGGAUCCCGAUCAAAGGAUUACUUUGAUAGGUAUGGAGACCUGAAGAGGAUCAAAAGAUUGAAGUUCUGGCCACUAGAUCAGCUACUGGUUGACAAAUACAAAUUUAGUGAGGCCGAUGCUCAUGAAUUUGCAGAGUUCCUUUGCCCUUUACUUGAUUUUGCAACAGAAAAGCGGCCAACAGCGGAACAGUGUCUACAACAUCCAUGGAUUAAGAUCAGAGAUGCAAAAGCCAACAGUAAAAAUAGUGGAGCAGGUGUUGGGAAGCUGGAGAUUGGCAUGAGUAAGCUUAAUGUUCAGGUGGGCAGGUGACAAGCUUCUGCUACAUGCUGCAAUUUGAUUGAUGGAAAUCAAUUGUGACAUUUUUGGAGAAAGCAACUUCAAGGCAGUAACGUCAUCAGACUACAAUGUGUUGUAUUGUGCAAAAUAUAUAGUUUUUGUUCAUUUUUGUUAAAUGGAUGUAAAAUUGGUUGAUGAAUUAG